AUGCGAGUUUUCCAGACGAUGGUGAAUAAAAUUGACCGACUGCCGCUGGUAGUGGUGUAUCGCUCAUCGUGCGGGCAUAACUUCCAUUGGCUCGUUCGAACAAUGGGCGAUUUGACCGAAAACCCGAAAACGAAGCAAAACGAAUUCAAAAUCCGAAGUUACUACAUCGAGCAUGGUGGCCCGACACUGCCAAGUCUUUCCGAGCUCAUAAAAAGCUACGAGAAUCGCACAUACAGCAUGCAUGGCUAUGUCGAUGUAUUUUGCAUCUCCUAA